AUUGGGGACGGUGGUUGCAUUCAAUUAUCACUAAAGUAUCAACGAAGGCAUGGGUCAAAGGAUUGUAGAUAUUGGCUGAAUAACAUAUUUAGCCUCACUGUCUGCAAGGGGCAAGCAAAUGAGAAACCCCAGCAACAACGACGAAAAAAGGAAGUGUCAGUAAGGUGUAAACAAAGCAGAUUCACAAUGUGCCAUAUGAGUUGUAAACGCGGAUGUAUUUCUUAUGCUAUUUGAAAUUUUAAAACUAAACUAAAUUUAUAGUGCUCGUAUUCAAGACAAAAUAUAAUGAUAACUUGAAGAAUCGAACCCUAAACCUGUGUGACUUUUACUGUCUAGCGCCAAAAAUACGCAACGAUGACCAUCGGGGGAAGGUCAAACAGUGUUGCCCGCCAUUUGUCUAGAUUUAAAUUGGUUACCUUCGAUGUCACGGAUACGCUGCUGAAAUUUUCUCGGCCACCGGAAAUACAGUAUGCUUUAGCCGCCCGGCAACAUGGCUGUGUCGAAAUAAAUGAACAAGCGAUUGCUAGAAGUUUUCGGUCACAUUUUAAGCGAAUGGCGCGUGAUUAUCCUAACUUCGGAAAGCGUUCUGAAAACGAUUGGCUUUGGUGGUGGCGUACUCUGGUGAUGGAUAUAUUUCGUGAUUCGCACUCUCAUAUUGAUGAGACAAUGCUGAGCCGGGUGGCUGAUCAGUUGAUUGAAAACUACAAAACACGAGACUGUUGGAGCGAAAUCGAGCUGGCCAGUAGCGUAAUGGAGAUUGCACGAACGCACUGUAACAAAGUAGGAAUCAUAUCCAACUUUGAUCCACGACUGAGUAAAAUCUUGGAGACAAUGGCACUGCCUAAAGUAGAUUUCGUAUUAACUAGCUACGAGACUGGUAUUCUAAAACCUGACCGUGAGAUUUUUAAUAUCGCUUUAAGACUAUGCAACACUGUAGUACUUCCCAGCGAAGCACUGCACAUCGGAAACACUCCGAAGCUGGACUACAUUGGUGCUAAAAACGCCGGUUGGGCCAGUGUGCUAGUAAAUGUUACAAAUGAAGCGGAACGGGAGAUUUCUUUCAAUCCGGAAAUUAAUCCUAAACACGUAUUCAAAACAUUCGGAGAAUUUAUUCAGAUGUUACAAUCUGAGCAGACCAUCUGGUAGUAAGAUGCGUACUUGUUAGGGUAUUAGUCAGGCGUAUCAUUGCGAAGCUCCUAAUUAGUAUUUUGUAAAUAAAUAUUAUAUAUCUAGUACGGUUAUGUGAGAUCCUUCGA